CUUUGACAAAUCUGUCAGAAAAUGUCAGAGGAACAAAUGGGUGUAUUUAUCAGGGACUAUUUAUGUUUUUGAAUUUAUCAUAAGUACCAGUUUAUGUUCUAUUUCUGCAAAUUCAUAUCAAAAUAGAAUCGGGUCAAUUACUAAUGAUGCAUUUCUCCAUUCCGGAUGUGCAAGAGAUAAAUGAUGGAAAUGGGUCAUCAUUUAUUGGCUAUAACAUCCAUAUCAAUGGUGUUUUCCAUUGUACAGUUAGGUACAAGCAAUUACAUAAUUUACAUGAACAACUCAAAAAAGAAUUUGGAAGUGACAAUUUGCCCAGUUUCCCACCAAAAAAAAUUUUACCUCUCACCACUGGACAGAUAGAUGAAAGAAGAUCCCUUCUGGAAAAAUACAUUCAAAUAAUUGGGCAAGACGCAAAAAUACUCUCUUCAGAUCUAAUAAUUGGUUUCUUAUUGUCGGCACAGCAGGAAACUUCCUGUGAAAAAAAUGUGGAGGUGUCUUUAGAUGUAUACACGAUGAAUAACUAUAAAAUUUCUGUUAGAGUUUUAGUUUUUGACAGGACUGAUCAAGUAUUGACUAAGGUUUGCCAAAACAUCAACUUGCCAGAGGAAUAUGUUAAAUACUUCUCAUUAUUUCUCAUAAGAGAAGAUAAUGGUGAUACUUUCAUUAUCAGAAAACUAUUGAAUUUAGAAUCUCCUUACAUGUCGCAUAAGAGUGUCAAGGAAAAUAACAAGGUCUUUUUGAGGAAAAGCUACUGGGAUAUCAAUUUUGACAGUGAAUUAAUGAAUGAUCCUAUAGCGCUAAAUCUUCUUUAUGUACAAACGGUAGCUGAAUUAGAAAAGGGAUGGAUAAUAUGUACAAGAGAUACAAGAUUACAUCUAACAAAUUUACAAGCCAAAUUAGCCAAAAAAGAUUAUAUCAGAUUUGCAGCCACUCUGAAAUAUUAUGGAUAUACUCAGUUUGCACCUUGUUUUUGUGAUUAUCCCAAUCCAAGAACUAGAGUGUUGAUAGCUAUAGGAGAUCAUGAACUGAAUAUGAGAAUUAUCGAUUCUGGUCAGCAUUUUAAAGAAGGUUGUUUCAAAGUAACUAGAAUGAGGUGUUGGAGGAUUACAGCUACACAUAAUAAAAUAGACAAUCCAGCAAAUAGUAGAACGAACAGUACCACCUGCUUGGAGCUGGCAUUUGAAUAUUUAAUGUCGAAAGAUAAAUUACAAUGGGUAACAGUGACGAGCGAUCAAGCAAUUCUAAUGUCUUUAUGUCUGCAAUCACUUGUGGAUGAAUUGUUGGUAAAAAAAAAUGGCUAUGAUACCAAAACACAGGCAGCUAAAAGAGGGCCAUGGUCUUAUAUGAAGAGGGAUGGCUCGUCACAUUUAAUAUCUUUGGACAAUUUAGAUAUCAAUACUAAUAAUAAAACUACAACUGAGGGAAACAGAAUUCAAGACACUUUUUCAAUCAGAAAACUUCAAGAGAAAUUUUCUAUUGUUUCCUUUAAAUCUGGUAGAGGAAUCGUAGAGAAUCAUGCUUUUGAAGGCAUAGGAGAUGAAAACUUAUAAAAGACGAAAUGAAGAUUUGAAUAGAUUCAAACAAAAGCUCUGUGGUGCUACAGUCGUUUUUUCCUGUCAAAGAUUCGAACUCCUCUAAUACGAUUAAUACCAAUAUAACUUCAGUAAUGACAAAUAGAUGUAAUACAAAUAAUUUUAUUCCAUACACUUAGAAUAUUGGGGUAAAUAUUGGUCUUCAUUUUCAUUGAAGGCAAACAGUAAUUUUCAAUAAGUUAUUUUUACUUCUAACACAUCAGCAUUCUUAGGCAACGAAAUAAUUCUUGAGAUUUAAUAUUUCCUAGAUCAGGCAUAUUGAAAAAAAAAAUAACUCACAUAAUAACUAGAUAUCUGACCAGAUAUUUUUCGACAUUUAUACGUAAAAUACUCACAUAAACUAAGUGGCCAUUGAUUCUAAUUCUAGUUUAGUUUUUUUGUUAGUUUACCAAACAGCUCACCAAGUCUUUUGUUCAUUUGAAAUCUCGGCUCUCUCUCUCUCAUUUAAUGAGAUAACAUUAAAACUAGCAGGGAUAAGGGCUUCUGAAAGAAAUGGUAUAAUAAGCUGUACAAAAUCUUGUUUUUUUUUUUAUACAAGAGAGAAUGUAUAUCAUUUUUAAUAUCCCUUGCUAAGUACUUGAAUUAUGGUUUUUGUUUGUUUUAAAAAGAACUAUCUCUUUCAAGUAUUAUUGUAACAAAUACUAUUGAAUACUGAUUUGAUCUCAAUAUAUAUUUCGAUUUGAUUAAAUGAGCCCAAAAACUUCAUAUGAACAAUUUAGUUCAUUUAGUAUAAUUUUCUGAAAAUGAGUAAAAAUAAUGAAUUUCCUCGAUUUUUGUAUUCAGGACAAUUGAUUUUUAUCUAAUGGCUUCUUCUGGUGAGUAUUACUGAAUUACAAUGUUUGAACAUGUUUAAUACUAUUAAACUAUAUAAAAAAAAUUGUACAAGGAUUGUUGGCAAUUCUUUUGUGAAUUGUAAAAUAUUCAAAAAAUGUUUAGCAGUAUCUAUUGACGUAUGGAUAUUGAAUUAAUUUAUUUUUUUAUAAUUCAGAAAUUGUGAUGCAGAAUCUCCAAGAAUUUUUGAUUUCUUACCAAAUUAUUAGAAUCUCUAAUUACAUCUGAUUUAAAAAAAGAAUACUAGUCUAGUAGCAGAUAGGGGAUGAUUAGAGUGUGAAUUAAGAUUGAAAUGGAUUUGAAAUAUUAAUCCCAGGAGAAAGAUACUCACAACAUAUAUUUUAAGGUAAUUAUCUCACUCAAAGUUAAUUUGUUGAUUCUAUGAUAUCUUGUUCGAUGACUUACAUGGAAAUAAUAGAUAAAUUAAUGAAAUUAUCCAUAGACAAUUCAAAACAAUAAAAACCAUAUAUAGGGUGUUUCCUAAUUAAAUAUCAAUAUUUAUGGAGGUGAUUUUUGGGCCCAUUUUAAGGAAAAAACUUCAAAUGAAAAUAUGUGUCCUAAACGUCUUACCUUUUGAGAUACAGGAUAAUAAAGUUUUGAAAAAUGAAAUUUGUAUUCAAUUAUGAGCAAAUUUGAUCUCUUGAAUUUAGUUAGUCCGACGCACGGGUUUCAUCUAAAAAACUAAAAUCUAUGUAUGUCUCUGCAUGGUGAUAUUGUCGUAUUGACAUUAUUGUUAUGAUCAUGCAAAGAAACGGUCUUUAUUUUUUCAAGCGAAAACCAUGCAUCAAAAAGUCAAGUGAUCAACUAUGGUAAGAACUUUGGUAAUUUCAAAAAUAAUUUUUAUUUUAGGAAAAAUCUGUGGGGUACCAUCAAUGUCUGCCAAAAUAGGCAGGUUGAAUUACGUACGAACGCCACUGGUGAAAAUUAAAAAAGAAGUGAUACAUUAAAAAAUGCCUCUUGAUUCAUAGUACAUGUAUGACAAAUUUCAUUAAAAUAUCUGAAGUGGUAAUGUAGAUAUUAAUAAUAAAUUAUUUAUUUUUGAAAAAUUUACCACCAUGUUUCUCAAAAGGUAAGACGUUUAAGACAUAUGUUCAUAUGAAGUUUUUUCUCAAAAUGGGCCCAAAAAUCGCCCCCGUAAAUAUUGAUAUUCAAUUAGGAAACACCCGGUAUAUUGAAAAAUUCAAUGAAUCAAGAGAAUUAAAUCAACUUGAUCGAACAAAAUAUUUGAACCACAUUUUCCAUACUGAUCCAUGAAUCUAGUGAAUAAAACAGAAAACGAAUUAUCAAGAAAGGGUUAUCAAUUCGAUCUGAUUAACAUUAAUAAAACAUUUUUAGAAUAUCCAGGAAAUGCACUCUUAAAUUGUAAAAAUUCAAAUAAUGAUAAAUAUACAUUACCAAAUAUUAUUAUGAGUAAAGAAAUUACAGCAAAUCAAAAUAUUGAUAAUUGCUCGGUUAAAACAGUUAGAAACUACUCACACAUUCUGAUAAGGGAAAUACCGUUAAUUACUAAAAUGAAAUAUAUUCAUUCAUUCUUAGUUUUCUUGAAUUUAUGGAAUGUACAGACAUAUCAGUUUUUACUGCUUUAUUAUACAGGGCGUUCCUGAAUUGAGGUACAAAGAAAAAUGAGAGAUUUCUUGAAUAAUUUUAGGAAAAAAAUCUUUUGAAUAUGGGCCGGAAAACGCGUUGUUCUUGAUAUAUAGGGUGUUUCUUGUAGUCUUACUUUUUCUGUACGAUUUUAUAAGUUUAUCAAAUCUUUAUGAAUCAUUGUUACAGAUGGAAAAAGAAAGCACCAAAACUAAAAAUUUUUUAUUAAUCACAGCUUACUAAGUGAAUAUAUAAGAUAAUUUGGAUUUUUCUGAGUAUUUCAAGAGAAAUGUUUCAAUUUUUUUUUUUGAAAUCUGUAGCUGAUACGACAAAAUUACAAGAAACCAAAAAGUUUAGUACUAGUAAAAAAUUCCCAAGGAAAAUUAUUUAUACAAGAAUAAGGGAACAUGAAUAAUGUAAUAUUAUUUUAAUAAGAAACGGAAUACAACUUACACUGAAUAUUCAUUAGAUACAAAACAAAAGUUUCAGGCAGAUGGGUAUUAUAAUAAAAAAAAUUUGUGAUGACUAAACCGACUUUAACAUAUCUCUACUAAAUAAGGUAUGAUGCAUUGGAUUUGCUAAAGAAUUCGUCUAAACUAUUUUUCUAGAGUUUGAUAUUUAAAACAUGUUUAAACAUUGUAAUAUAAGUAUCCAGUAAUAAGUACUCACCUGAAGAAUUCAUGGCAGGUCGAUACAAUUAAUAUUAAAUAAAAUAUUUUAUUUAUUGCCGUGAUAUAAAAUAUAGCAAAAAUAUAACAUUGUUAUUUCCAAUCCUAUAUGAAUUUCUGUCGAGAAUAGACCGAAACAAUCUAAUAGUUUCACACAUGAUCAAUUAUCUGUAAUCGUUCUACACUCAUCUCAUGUGACAACCUAUAUUUCUCCCAUUAAUUUCUAGAUUACAAAGAAUCAUUUUGCAUGAAUAUUAUAUCUACUGGUUGCUGCAUAUAUAAUAAUUUUUUACGACUGAAGAGAAAUAAAUAUUCCUAACGGACCUAAGGAACUUUCUCUCGAAUUGUUCUACACAUGUCAAUUAUUAAUUUUUGUUACCUUAUUUUGCUGAUGUUAAUAAUUUGUGUUAAAUAGCGUUGUAUGUAUUAUCUCUGAAGAAUCAAUUUAAGCAAUUCCAAAUAUACUCUUUGUGAAUCAACAAUGGUUAUGAUAGCCUGUAAAAAAUAGGCAGUAAAAGAACCAUUUCAUUGAUAACAUGUAUGUAAAACAGAAAGAGUCAGCAUUCCAUAAUUAAUUUUUUGAAAUAGUUAUAGAAAAUAGGUUUCAAUUGAAGUAAAUUGUAUAUUAAUGAAUUGACUUCAUCAAGAAUCAAAGGAAUUCAAUUCAAUUGAUGAAUUUUUUUCGAUCCAAAAAUUUUAUGUUACAAAAAAGGAAUUCUGUUCAGAAGUGUAGCAUCCUAAAUUGCCAAUGCAAACAUCUAAAAACUCAUAUCAUAUAAACGACAUAUAUUUAAAUCGAGUGAUAUCUUAGACUGUCCUAUGAAAUUUCUCAACUAGUAUGAAAAUUAAGCCAAAGUUCUGUUCAAGUAUUCUUGAAUAAAAAAGUUAUGUUCAUUUAAAGUAUUCCAAAAAAAUUUUUGGUUUCCAUCAUUUCUAUCGCUGAGAACUAUAUAAACACUCAAAUAAUUUUUGCUAAAAAUGCUCAAACUUUAUAUAUUUAAGUAUAUAUACUUUUAUGUUAGUACCUGAAAUGACUAUCGUUAUUCAUAACUAUUUUAAAAUUUAACAGCUAUCGGUUGUAGAUAUCCCUUGUAUAUUUUUAAUGUAGGUGAUGAUAGAAAAAAUGUUAGGAUGUAUUUUUCGUAUUUGAAUGUAAAUUGAAAUUCUGAUAUGUCCAAAAUACUUUAAAGAUUUAAAACUUCUGAGAUGUAUUUUAUCAUAAUUGUUGUAUAUUAAUGUAAAGGAUUUUAAUAUAAAUGAUGAAUAGUG